AUGUUGCGCGAUGAAAUCAAGCUGCAAAAGAUGAUUCGGUCGCCUUACGUGCUACCGCUGCUCGCUACCGUCGACCUGGACCCCAACAAUCCAAUGAUGGUGACGGAGUUUAUGGACCAAGGCACCCUCUACGACUACCUUGCCAAGAAGCGACGUGGAGAGCCCGUGGCCAUCGAAGUCACGACGGUGCAAGUCGCGUGGGUGAUCGCCAACGCACUCCUGGACCUCCAUCGCCAAAACAUCAUCCACCGCGAUGUCAAGAGCUUGAAAGUUCUCCUCUCCUCCAAGCACGGCGUCAAGCUCAGCGGGAUUGCCAGCGCGCGAACGGUCCACGGGCUAAUGACCCAUGACGUCGGCACGACGACGUGGAUGGCACCGGAAGUCCUUCGAAUCGACUACGAAGAAGUAGCGGCGUACGGAACACCUGCCGACAUUUACUCGUUCGGCGUUGUGCUCACAGAGCUCGACACGGGCGACGAGCCAUACGCCGCCGACUUCUGGAGAUCUCACAGUGACAUCACGGCGCGCGUGCGUGCCGGAACCCUUCGCCCAUCCAUGGGCCCCAACUGCGCGCCGUGGCUGCGCGAGCUCGCGGACCGCUGCUUGGCGUUCGACCCAGCAGAGCGCCCAACGGCCGCCGACAUUGUGGCGAUUUUAGUGCCGCACCUGAACGAUCAGCCUGCGCCGUAG